AGUUCCACAGAAGCCGGAAGUGACGUGUUUGACAAGCUAACGCGGUCGUCUUGUUUGAAAGAGGUUGUUGAGUCGUCGGAACAACACAUUUACAAAUAAACCAGACACGUAGCUACGAUAAAUCACAGCUGACAAUUGUGAGGACACCAUUUUACACCGUCCCAUAUGGCUACACCCUUACCUCAAAAGGGGCCUGGUCUGGCUGGUAUGCUCUCCCAGCAGCAGCAGUCCCACCUGCCUCCAGGCUUAGGCCCCGGUCAGCCUCCCAUGCUCCCUCAGGGAGCCCUGAGAGAGAUCUCCCCUGUGUUCCUCUGUCGUAUCGGCCAGGAGACCGUCCAGGACAUCGUCACACGCACCAUGGAGAUCUUCCAGAUCACACGAGCCACACAGUUGCCUAACGGGGUGACCCAGAGCCAGGCUGUGUAUCAGGACCGCUUCGGGAAACUCCAGGAGCACCUCCGUCAGCUGGCCCUGCUUUUUCGCAAGCUCCGCCUUCUCUACGAGCGCUGUGUGGAGAUGACCUCUGACCUGCAGGAAGAACCCUCAGAGCUGGUGCCAUAUUUAAGAGAGGAGAUGGCCCCUGUGAGAGUGGAGCCCUGCAGUCCGGCUGUAAGCCAGGAGAGACAAGAAGUGCUGGAGAAGAUGAGGCAGAAAAACCAGGAGAUGAAGAUUCUGAUGGACCAGAUGAGGAACCUGUUAUGGGACGUCAACGCCAUGCUGACACUCAGGAAAUGACAUCACAGAUGAACUCACCCUCUCCCUCACUGCACUUCACGAUGCCCUCCCACUAGGGGCCAUGGGUUUUUCCUGACCCAGAAAACUCUAGGCCCUAGUACCUCCAACCAUUGUUGUACUUGUGUGAGACAGACCGCUAGAAGCUUUUGGUGAUCUACCUUUACAGUUUGGUGCUUUCAGAGACAUUGAAUGAACUGAGUUUACUUAAACGUUUUUUACUACAAAUGUUUUGUGCUGUCAGUAUCUUUUUUUUUUUUUACUCCGAUAUGAGUUCAAACUUGCCAAGCCUCAGUUGAAUUUCCUGCCUUUUUUUUGUUGAGCGGUAAGCACUGACUCAGGACCAGCUAAAUAAACUUGAAUUCAGUGUUGUGAAGUUCACUCAGUGCACAAAAGGCUGAUCUAGUAUCAGCUUAACCUGCCCUUAUUCUUUGUGUCCCAACUAGUGACUGUCACCUGUAAACUGAGUUGAAGACAAUGGGAUCUCAUCACAACUUAGCCACUGGCAGCUAUUUAUCUCAGGUCUGAGUGUGUCUUAGCAUUGUUAUUGUGGUUAGCUUCCUGAGUGCUGGGCAACACCCACCUGCUUACCUUAAGGGUUGAGAACCUUGCAUGGUGACUGCUGAGGAAGUGUCAAGCGUGUGAAUCUAUUUUUGUACACUGCGCAGGAUCUCGGAGAAAGCACUAGGUUACGGAGUCUUUCUACAAAAUAAAUACAUUGGAAAAACAG